AAACAAUUUCAACUCUAGCUUUAACACACUACAACACACUUUAACAACCCCAUUUAACCUUACUGCAAUUUUAAUAAUGAAGUUUGCUACCAUCGCCUCUAUUGUCUGCCUUGCUGCCUCGAUGGCCCAUGCUGGACCAGUUCAGGGUAACCAGGAUCAAGUACAGGCCGCUGCGAGUUUUGACAAAGUUUCAAUUGUCAACACCGCUCAGCUUACCAAGGGACUCCUUGAUCGCAUUAUUGUUAACCUUGGUAACCUUGUGAGCAAUAUUUUGGAGGAUUCUGGUGAUCUCGUCAGAAGCGUUGCAGGUGCGCCAAGGCGUUAAAGCCGCGACAUUAUUAACCGACAUAUUGCAGGCAUUGAUUUUGUACGCAUAAUGCAACGAUAUUAUACGUGCUAUUUGGUUUUUAUUUAUGCCUUUUUACGUGGAGUUUUUUUCUAGAGCUCUAUUAUUAAAUUUAAUAUUAAGCAAUCAAUCCACACACAUUUAUGUUUUUUGUAGCUAUUGUCGACGAGUUGGACAGAGCGCAAACUUCAAUUCGUGAAUACGGAUCUGAAGUAAGAGGCACC